AUGGAACGGCACGCUGAUCGCGUCCGCUCCGUGCUGCGAACAGCUCGGGCCCAGGGCAACGUGGCCAUCGUCACGAUGGCUGAGAGGCCCUGGGUCCCUGAAUCUGCGUCGCAGUACCUUCCAGGUUUGGACUUGGAGGUCCUCCUCUCUGAGCUGGAGAUCCCAAUCCUGUACGGUCCCGAGUUUAUGAACAGCAGCGAUGACACCUCUUCGCCCGAGGGUGAGGGUGACAAGUAUGUUGCAUCGAAGUGUGCCGCCAUGCUUGACUUCCUGAAGCAGGGUGCAGACAGCCCGUGCAAUCUGAUUUCCAUUGGGGACUCGACGAUUGAGAAGCAUGCAGCCAAGCAAGCAUCCCGCACUCACGGCGCCAGGAGCUCACAAUCGCUUUGCAAAACUGUAAAGCUGUUGACCGACCCCUCCUUGAAGGAGUUGUCAUGCGAAUUGGAGAUUGUACAGAUGUGGCUGGAGCGAUUAGCCAAGCACCUCCAGCCAGUAGACGUAGACGCGGAGUCAGUGGAAGAGCUGCAAUCGGCAGUGCAGAAACUGCUAGCUGCGUAA